AUCUGUGCCCUACCCCAGUGAUGACAGCAUCUCUCUGGUUAGCUUACGUCUGGACAGUCCUCCUCGCAAGGCCAGGGCUCGUGUAAAACCUCCCCCUCGACGAAAGACACUGACUAAGCUGCAGAGUCAUCAGCGUAGACGACGAGGUGGUUCUGCAUCUUCUAGUGAUGGGGAAUCCCCUCCGCGAAAACCUACCAAGCACCACCAAAAGGACAUUGCUGCACCAACCCGCCGCCGGGGAAACAGUCUUAGUAGGCUUGAGCGAAACACCAAUCAACCAGGAAUUUGGACAUCGGGUAAUACAAAUGGUGGAGGACGACGGCAAAGUAUUCCGGGACGUAAAGGUCGACCUAAGUCACCUGAUAUGUGUGGCCAGGUAGGGUUUGCUUUACACUACUGAGCUCCAAAAUACAAAGCAACAAUAUCCAUCUACUCAUGGGUCUCUGCAAGGCCCUAGUAUCUUUCGUUCCACAUGAAGCUGAGAGAUACCUUAUAUAAAAUGGCAAACAUACAAAAUAUAAUUUUACUUUUGUUUCGGUAUGUAAAUAAAAUGUAUAAUUAUAUACAGUAUUUAAUUUUAGAGAUGGUCCUGUUAAAUGAUCAUCAUUGACAUGAAAUGUUAAUGCGGAAAGCUGCCCUUAAUUGACUCGUGAAACUGCUCUGUCUUGUACUGUUACUAUCUUUGACAUGAUUUGGUCUGUUGACACCUUACAAUAGGAUAAAUAAAUAAUGUUUUACAACCAUAACCUAUUGAGAAUGGAAUUCAGUCAAUGGAUGAGGUAGGUAUGAAAGUGUUAACAGGCGAGUGUUUUAUACAGAAGCCCAAAGUUAUGAUAAUACUUAUCUAGAAAGAUGCAAUUCCUAUAAAAGUUUAUGUGCCAUAAGUUUUCAUAAUUCUAAAUUUCCUUUUAAAUUCAUAUACCUGUAUUCCACCAACUACUGAUAAUUAUCACUAAAGUUACUGGCUUCCGCAGAACAACUGGUGUAUAAAUUACAGUAUAAAGGUUAUUGGAAAGUAAAUUAUUAUUACCCAAUUUUCUUUGUUACUCACUAAUCUACAAGAGUAGAAGAUUUUUAAAUUUUUAAAUUCUAGUCCUUUACCACAAAGGGGAUUCUGACCUUGUCAGUUUUGUUAAUAUAUUUUUAAUGUACUGAAAGUUAAUUUCCAAUACAGUAUAUAUAAUUUGUUAUUGCAAAAUGUCAAAUAUGUACCAUAAUAAACAAAAUGUAGAAUAA